AUGGCAGGGUCUGGGAGUUCCAUGACGUAUUCCUUUCUUUUAUUCAUUGUCAUCCUCUCACUUCAAGAAAUGUACCGUGGGAAACUUGCAUCGUCAGAACUAUACACAAUACUUGGAGGGUUCACCAGCUCUCUCGUAUUUCUUGUGCUCCUAACUUUCAUUGGAAAUUUUCAGGAAUCAGCCGGUGCAAAAACUGGCUGGGGUGCUGUCAUAGUAGCAGAAGUAGUUGCUUUGAUUGCUGCAAGCACUGUCCACCGAGUAUGCACCACUACAUGUUUCCUGUUCUCUGCUGUAUUGCUCUAUGAGGUUAACAAGCUCUCUGGAUCAGCGGUUUCAACAACUGACUCCAGAACUAAAAAGCAAAGUGGGAGAGCUUAA